CGCAGGCUGAGCCGUAGCUACAAGUCUCCUCAGGCGUCCGCAGCCAGGAAGCGGGGUGUCCAGAACCCUGGGCCAAGCUCCGAGAUGUCCGGGAAGGAAUGUGGGGAGAGUGAAGGCGCCCCGGGGGCCGGCGCGGUGACAGUCAGCGACAUCCAGGAGCUGAUGCGGCGCAAGGAGGAGAUCGAGGAGCAGAUCAAGGCCAAUUAUGACGUGCUGGAGAGCCAAAAAGGAAUUGGGAUGAACGAGCCCUUGGUGGACUCCGAGGACUACCCCCGGUCAGACGUGGACCUGUAUCAAGUCCGAACUGCAAGGCACAACAUCAUCUGCCUGCAGAACGAUCACAAGGCGGUGAUGAAGCAGGUGGAGGAGGCCCUGCACCAGCUACACGCGAGGGACAAGGAGAAGCAGGCUCGGGACAUGGCCGAGGCGCAGAAUGAGGCCAUGAGCUGCAGGCCGGACCUGAGCCUUGGCAAGAGCCCCUGCCCCCUUCAGGCCUUCGCCAAAGUGAACAGCAUCAGCCCCGGCUCCCCAGCCAGCCUUGCAGGCCUGCAAGUGGAUGACGAGAUUGUGGAGUUUGGCUCUGUAAAUGCCCAGAACUUCCAAUCGCUGCAGAACGUGGGCAGUGUGGUGCAGCACAGCGAGGGGAAGCCACUGAACGUGACAGUGAUCCGAAGAGGGGAGAGACAGCAGCUUAGACUUGUCCCAACACGCUGGGCGGGAAAAGGACUGCUGGGCUGCAACAUUAUUCCUUGGCAAAGAUGAUCGUCCCUGGGGAGCGGUAACAGAAAAGCAUCUUCGCAUGCCUUGGACUUGGGUCUAGUGGGCCUCCCUGGUUCUCAUCUCUCCCUGAAGUUUAUGGAUCUGGAAGCGGCCGGAAGCCUGAACUUCUAGGUGGCGGAAACGCUGUGGCCGACCAAUAUAAUCUGUCUGCGUUAAGGCAUUGUUCAAACCUGACUUGUGCUUAGCGGCUUUUACAAAUCAGGCCAUGGCCCUAAGUGACAAUCCGCUUGAUGGUGGGUGAGUGGGAGGGAGUAAUUCUGGCAGGUGCUUAUAUGACUUUAUUCUUUCAGGAAAAAAAAAAUUCAAAUAAAUACAGUUUUACAGUGUGUUGAUA